CAGCAGCGGUGGUGGUGGUGGCGGUGUCACGCGCAUCAGAGAGCGAGCGAGCGCGAGAGAGCAUCGUUCUCCGCAGAGCUCGAGACGCUUCUGAGCUGAACCGGGUCUGACGAACAUGAGCUGGUUGAUGUUCGGCUGAUGUCGGAUCCGCCGUCAACAUGAAGCUGCUGCUGUUUGUGCUGCUGACGCUGCUGUGGCGCGAGGCGCGGUGCGGCUCACCGAGCGUCCAGAUCGGUGGGUUAUUCCCUCGCGGUGCAGAUCAGGAGUACAGUGCGUUCAGAGUUGGCAUGGUUCAGUUUGGAAUGGCAGAUUUCAGACUCACUCCACACAUCGAUAAUCUGGAAGUGGCCAACAGCUUUGCCGUCACCAACUGCUUCUGUUCCCAAUUCUCUCGUGGCGUCUACGCCAUCUUCGGCUUCUACGACAAGAAGUCGGUGAACACCAUCACAUCCUUCUGCGAGACGCUCCACGUCUCCUUCAUCACGCCGUCGUUUCCCGCAGAGGGAAUGAAUCAGUUUGUCCUGCAGAUGAGGCCGGACAUCAAAGGGCCACUGGUGUCGUUAGUGGAAUAUUACAAGUGGGAGAAGUUUGCCUAUCUGUACGACAGCGACCGAGGACUGUCCACUCUGCAGGUCAUACUGGACACAGCCGCAGAGAAGAAGUGGGUGGUGACGGCGAUAAAUGUCGGGAACCUGAAAGACGAGAGGAAAGACGAGGCAUAUCGCUCCCUCUUUCAGGACCUGGAGAUCCGUAAGGAGCGACGCAUCAUCCUCGACUGCGAACAAGACAAAGUCAAAGACAUCAUGGAGCAGGUCAUCACUAUUGGCAGACAUGUUAAAGGUUAUCACUAUAUCAUCGCUAACUUGGGUUUCGUGGACGGUGAUCUCUCUAAAAUCCAGUACGGCGGUGCAAACGUGUCGGGUUUUCAGAUCGUAGACUUCGAUGAUCCUGUGGUAGCGAAGUUCGAUCAGAGGUGGGAGGCUCUGGAGGAGAAGGAAUAUCCUGGAGCUGACAUUCGCAUCAGAUACACAUCAGCUCUCACCUUUGACGCGGUCCACGUGAUGACCGAGGCGUUUCGCUUCCUCCACAAGCAGAGAAUAGACCUCAAUCGGCGCGGCAACAACGGGGACUGUCUGGCCAAUCCAGCGGUGCCGUGGUCUCAGGGCGUGGAGAUCGAGCGAGCGCUCAAACAGGUGCGUGUCGAUGGUCUAACAGGAAACAUUCAGUUUGAUCAGUACGGGAAAAGAGUCAACUACUCAGUCACAGUCAUGGAGCUGAAGAACAAUGGACCUGUGAAGAUUGGUUACUGGAACGAGGUGGAUAAGAUGGUGGUGACAAAGUCCGAUCUUUAUCCUAACGACAGCAUGGGGAUGGAGAACAAGACGGUGAUCGUCACAACCAUCCUGGAAGCCCCCUACGUGAUGCUGAAGAAAAACGCUGAGUUGUUUCAAGACAACGACCGUUAUGAAGGAUACUGUGUCGAUUUGGCUGCGGAGAUCGCAAAACACUGUGGAAUUCGCUACCAGCUGAAGAUUGUGGGAGAUGGAAAAUACGGAGCCAGAGACGCAGAAACCAAGAUCUGGAACGGCAUGGUGGGAGAACUGGUCUAUGGGAAAGCUGACAUAGCCAUCGCCCCGCUGACCAUCACCUUGGUGCGAGAGGAGGUGAUUGAUUUCUCCAAACCCUUCAUGUCUCUGGGAAUUUCCAUCAUGAUCAAGAAGCCGCAGAAAUCCAAACCGGGAGUCUUCUCCUUCCUGGACCCGCUGGCCUACGAGAUCUGGAUGUGCAUUGUCUUUGCCUACAUUGGAGUCAGCGUGGUUCUCUUCCUGGUUUCCAGAUUCAGUCCGUACGAGUGGACACUGGAGGAGCCAGAGGACGGAGCGUUGCCGUUGACGACCGAAUCCAACAACGAGUUUGGGAUCUUUAACUCCCUCUGGUUUUCUCUGGGAGCUUUUAUGAGGCAGGGCUGUGACAUCUCACCCAGGUCUCUGUCGGGUCGUAUCGUGGGAGGCGUGUGGUGGUUCUUCACCCUGAUCAUCAUCUCGUCGUACACGGCGAAUCUGGCUGCCUUCCUGACGGUGGAGAGAAUGGUUUCUCCCAUUGAAAGCGCAGAGGACUUGGCCAAACAGACCGAGAUCGCGUAUGGAACUCUGGACUCUGGAUCCACCAAGGAGUUCUUCAGGCGCUCAAAAAUCGCAUUAUUUGACAAGAUGUGGCAGUACAUGAAGUCGGCAGAGCCGUCCGUGUUCGUCAAGAAGACGUCGGAGGGAGUCCUGCGCGUGCGCAAGUCCAAGGGGAAGUACGCGUACCUGCUGGAGUCCACCAUGAAUGAGUACAUCGAGCAGCGGAAGCCCUGCGACACCAUGAAAGUGGGCGGGAACCUGGACUCCAAAGGCUACGGCAUUGCCACGCCCAAAGGCUCCCCAUUAAGAAACAUGGUGAACCUGGCGGUGUUAAAGUUGAACGAGCAGGGACUGCUGGACAAACUGAAAAACAAGUGGUGGUAUGACAAGGGAGAAUGCGGCAGCGGAGGAGGGGAGAGCAAGGAGAAGACCAGCGCUCUGUCUCUCAGUAACGUCGCAGGAGUCUUCUACAUCCUGGUUGGAGGUCUGGGUUUGGCCAUGAUGGUAGCACUGGUGGAGUUCUGCUACAAGAGCCGAGCCGAGGCCAAAAAAAUGAAGGUGGCAGCGAACACCUUGUCGUCCCCGCAGCACACAGGAAACUACACACACACUCUGUCUUCUCCUCAACACGCCCCCAACUUCAACCUGCUGUCCCCGAGCCACCAGCCAAACUACGCCACCUAUAAAGAGGGCUACAACGUUUACGGCAUUGAGAGCGUCAAGAUCUAACACGGAUGAAGUUCACAGAUGCGAUGCGCUCCAAAGCUCGUCUUUCCAUCACAGGAUCGAGCGGCGAGAACGGCCGCGUCCCGGUGGCUUACCUCCGUCCAGGAUUACCCAUGAGCCUCAGCAUGACUGAUCUUUCCUGACCACACCUGAGUCAGUGCCUUACAGCCACUCACCACACAAACUCCCCUCCUUAAUCCUGAAUCUCCUCCUCCUCCGGUGACCAACUCCUCCCCCCUCAUGAAGACGACCCCCAAAACUCCCAUUGUUCAAACCCUCGCCGCUCUCGUAUCUCUGAGGACUCCUGAUCUCGCUCUCUGUUUUCACGUUUCACAGCCCGGAGAGACCGGACCCGCGUGGUCCUGCCGCCGCUGGGCUGUCAGGCGUCAGCAAAGACCUGCCUUUAAAACUCUGGAGUGAAUCAGCGAGUGACUCGUGUGACAGCGUCAUGAUCCAAACACAAGCACACGGGACACUUUUCUAAACACACGUGCACCAUGGUUUAGUAGAUUUCUUCUUUCCCUCCUUUUCUCCGCGGCGGCGUCGUCGUCGUCUUGUACAGAUAAAUUAAAGCGGUGACGCCGACGUGAACGCAAUAACAGCAUUAAUCAGGGAUGUGAUCAGGAAACAAAACGAGCACCAACAAAACACAGAGAAGUCGCAUCCUUGGAUUUAUAGUCAUUGUGUGAUAAUAGCAGAUAAUAAUUAUUAUAAUAAUAAUAAUAAUAAUGUUAAUAUUCCUUAUUGUUUUUUUCCUUAAUUCUGCCUGAAGAUCCCUUAUUAGUAUAGUUUUCUUUUUAAUGAGAAAUGCAUGGAUUGGCGCUCACACACACACACACACACAGAAAGAAUGGGGGGUAGAAAAACAAGUGAUCAAUAGAAA